AUGGCAACCAACGAUUUAUCUACAGCAUCCACCGUGGUCAUGCAAUGUGAGGACGAUGAUCAAACACAAACGUCACGAAACACAACCGGUAAUGUAUCAGCCAUUUAUGCUCGAUUACCAUUUCCAGAAAUGUGUAACACGAACGUCGAAGCCUGGUUCAUUUCCAUGGAAUUUUGGUUCAGUGCAUCGGGCAUAAGUUCGGACAAACAAAAGGCCGCCACUGUGCUUGCCGCGUUAAAACCUGAAACUAUAGCUCAGUUAACCGACGUCAUCUCAACUUUGCCACCAUCAGACCGUUUUGAGUACGUAAAACGAAGAAUUAUUGACCAUUUCGCCGACAGCGAACAACGACGACUUAACCGGCUCUUAUCUGAAAUGCCUUUAGGCGAUAAAAAACCUUCCGAGCUUUUCUUCGAAAUGAAGCGAGUGGCAGGCAACUCAGGCGAAGCUGCGAUUAAAGGUCUUUGGACAAAACGAUUGCCAACAUUUGCUCAGCCAGUGGUAGCAGCUUCAACUGGUACGGCAGCAGAAUUUACAAAAAUAGCUGUAUCGCCGUCACAGGUAUGUAAAGUUUCAAAAGAGCCGACCACCGACAUGAACGAGCUACGUACAGCUAUAAUGGAGUUGAGUAAGAAGUUCGAACAAUUUACCACACGAUCACGUUCGCGAUCACGCAGACCUACUGUCACUCGUCAUCGUUCUCAGCACCGUCAAUCUUCAUCCGACGGCACAACCAGCUCAAAUUUUGAUGAGUGCUGGUACCGCAAGAAGUAUGGACGUAACGCACGAAAGUGUCGCAGCCCGUGCAAACAUAAGCAGCGACAAGUGCACGCUGUUACAGCGCAGUCUUCGAACUGA